ACUAUGAUAAAAUGGCCGCCUUUAUUGCAGACAGGAAGUAAACGUGUGCAGUCUACGCGUAGUAAGGGAAACCAUCGUGACGUCAGCGGCGCCGGGUGUUCGGGUGUGCUGUCGUGACGUCACGGGUGUGAUGGGGACGAUAUGUGAAUGAUACCUACCUGCUAAUUUAAAAGAAUGGGUGGUAAAAAUAAGAAGAAUCGGCACAGCAAUGCUCCGACCAUCCAGGGAGCAAUUUCAGCUACAAACCGACAGAGGGCAGCGGCAGAAAACAGAGCUGGCGGGGAUGACGCACCAAAGAGAGAGGCUGGCAAGUCAGCAUGUGUGCCAUCUGUAAGCAAGGAAGCACGGAGCAAACAAGGUCCAAAGACUUACAGUUUUGCUUCAUCUGCUGAUCCUGGGGCUUCUGUUAAUAAUGACAGGUCUAUACUAAAGGUGGUGAUUGAAAACAAACUAGAGAAAAAGAUCAUCUCUCUAAUAAAUGAGCAUAAAAAACUCAACUAUGAUAAGGGCCCGGUGUCUGGAAGGCUCACUUCUAAGAAGUUACAGGAUUUAUAUAUGGCUUUACAGGAGUUUAAUUUCAAGCCAGAGCAUAUUGAAGAUGCAAUGUCAAACUCUGUGCUGUACGGCGGAGAUCUACAUUCUGCACUGGACUGGCUUUGCUUGAACCUACAGGACGAUGCGUUGCCGGAUGGCUUCAGUCAGCAGUUUGUGGAGGAAGAGAAUAAAGCUAGAGAGAAGUUUCGUCCAACAUCGCAGCAGCCGGUUCGUGACAGUGUUGCCGAUAAAUCAGCUGAUGCACCCGUAAAACAGACCAGUACUAAGAAGGAUGAGGAAUUGAGCAUGAAAGAAUGGAUUCUACGCUAUGCUGAGCAAGGAAGCGACGAGGAGGAAGAGGUGGACCCUAAAAAGGACCCAGAGAGUGAGAAGUUUGACCCUAAUGAACGUUACCUUGAACUGACCGCUAAAUUGUUGGAUGCCAAAGCUCAGGCAGCUAGCACAAAACAAGAAAAAGACAAGGCCGGCCAGAGGGAGGCACAGACCAAAAUCCGGGAAUUCCAGCAAGAAAUGAAGACGUUGGAGCAGCACCCAGUGUUUAACCCAGCAAUAAAGCUUCCUGAGGAAAAAAAUGAUAGUAAAAAGCCGCCAGCAGCAGCGAAGGAUGAUGGGACAAUAGACUUCAAUCUGUUUGAGAAUGUUAGUGAAGUCCGGGAGGAGAAAUCAAAAACUAGAGCACCUCUGGACAUCCGGAACUUUGACUACACAGCUCGCAGCUGGACAGGCAAAUCUCCAAAGCAGUUUUUGAUUGACUGGUGUAGGAAACAUUAUCCUAAAAGUCCAAACCCCUCAUUUGAGAAGGUACAUGUGGGCAGCUACUGGAGAAGCAGAGUAAAGAUUGUGAAGUCAAAUGAAGAUGUCAUGUCUGUAUGCCCUACAAUUGUCACAGAUGACAGCAUGCAAGCACAGCACCUCGCUGCCACUUUAGCCCUUUAUGAGCUCACUAAAGGACAAUCUGUGCAUCAGUUGCUGCCCCCAACAUACAGAGAUGUUUGGCUGGAGUGGAGCGAUGCUGAGAAAAGUAAGCAGGAGAAGGAUAAACUUGAAAUCAACAAACCUCGGGACCAGUUUAUAGCCAAAUUAUUAAAUAAGCUAAAGAUGAAACAGCAACAACUAAAGCCACCACAGCCCAACAAAGUAUCUGAAGACCCAGAGGACAGCUGGGAAAACUUAGCUGGGGAAGACGACCUGGAGGAGAACCCUUCAGAUCUGGUUGAAAAAGACAAUUUAGAGCCUGUGAGAAACCUUUUCCUUAAGUGCCGCGAUUCAGCAAAGUAUAAGAGGCUGCUCAGUGACAGGGAGCAGCUCCCAGUGUUUGGGCGCAGGGAUUAUAUUUUAGAAACUCUCAGCAGACAUCGGGUUAUCGUUGUCGCUGGUGAGACGGGCAGCGGUAAAAGUACCCAGGUGCCUCAGUUCUUACUGGAAGAUCUACUCCUGAACAAAUGGGCCUCAGGGAAGUGUAAUAUUGUCUGUACCCAACCCCGCAGAAUAUCCGCCAUGAGUCUGGCCACGAGAGUGUGUGAAGAGCUGGGAUGUGACUCUGGACCCGGAGGAAGGAAUUCCCUAUGUGGGUACCAGAUUCGUAUGGAAUCCAGGACAGGAGAAAACACCAGGCUUUUGUACUGUACCACAGGAAUCUUACUACGGAAGCUGCAGGAAGACAGUCUGCUACAGAAUAUAACACAUGUCAUUGUGGAUGAAGUACAUGAAAGGACAGUGCAGUCUGAUUUCCUCAUCAUCAUCCUCAAAGAAAUUCUACACAAGCGUUCAGACCUGCACCUCAUACUCAUGAGUGCCACCGUAGACAGUGAUAAGUUUUCUAGCUACUUCUCUCACUGCCCCAUCAUAAGGAUUUCAGGAAGGACUUACCCAGUUGAGGUUUUUCAUUUGGAAGAUGCUGUUGAAGAAACAGGGUAUAUUCUGGAACAGGACUCAGAGUAUUGUCAGAAAUUCUUAGAGGAGGAAGAAGAAAUAACCCUUAAUGUCACCAGUAAAGGAGGAGGCAGCACAAAAUACCAGGAGUUUAUUCCUGUUCAAUCAGGUUCUGUGGUGGAUGUAAACCUGUCUUAUCAGAAAUAUUCAUCCCGGACAAAGCAUGCUAUCCUGUACAUGAACCCUAACAAAAUUAAUCUGGACCUGAUCCUGGAGUUGCUGGUCUUCCUGGACAGAAGUUCACAAUAUAGAAAUGUAGAGGGAGCAGUGCUGAUCUUCUUACCUGGUCUGGCUGAUAUUCAGCAACUAUAUGAUCUUUUAUCUACUGACAAGCGGUUUAAUGACAGGAGGAGGUACAAGUUGAUAGCACUUCACUCAAUCCUUUCCAGUCAGGACCAGGCUGAAGCAUUCAUACUUCCUCCUCCAGGAACAAGAAAGAUUGUGCUGGCAACAAACAUUGCUGAAACAGGUAUCACAAUCCCUGAUGUGGUAUUUGUCAUAGAUGCUGGAAGAACUAAGGAAAACAGGUAUCAUGAGAGCAGUCAGAUGAGUUCUCUGGUGGAGACCUUUAUAAGCAAAGCCAGUGCACUGCAGCGACAAGGGAGGGCCGGUCGUGUCAGGGAUGGGUUCUGUUUCCGGCUUUACACCAAAGAAAGAUUUCACGGUUUUAUGGACUACUCCGUUCCGGAAAUAUUACGGGUACCUUUGGAAGAACUGUGUCUUCACAUCAUGAAGUGUGAGCUUGGAUCUCCAGAAGAUUUCUUAUCUAAGGCGUUGGACCCUCCGCAGGUCCAAGUUGUCAGUAAUGCCAUGAACUUACUGCGCAAGAUUGGAGCCUGCGAGCUCACUCAGCCCAAACUUACUCCUCUAGGUCAGCACCUUGCCGCUCUGCCAGUCAAUGUGAAGAUUGGGAAGAUGCUGAUUUUUGGUGCUAUCUUUGGCUGCCUGGAUGCUGUGGCAACGCUGGCUGCUACCAUGACUGAGAAGUCUCCAUUCAUGACACCUAUUGGUAGAAAAGAUGAAGCAGAUCUGGCAAAAUCCUCUAUGGCUCUGGCAAACUCUGAUCAUUUGACCAUUUUUAGCGCCUACAUGGGGUGGAAGAUGAUCCGGGCAGAAGGUUAUAACUCGGAGAUGAGUUUCUGUAGAAAGAACUUUCUGAACAGAAAGUCACUUUUGACUAUAGAGGAUGUGAAACAGGAGUUGAUUCGGCUGGUAAGAGCAGCAGGCUUUGAGUGCUCCAAAUCGAAUGGUGUUCAGGGAACUGUAGACAAAAGAGGAAAAAUGUCUGUAGAGGAGAUGUCACUUGUUAAGGCCAUUUUGACAGCUGGCCUAUAUGACAAUGUCGGGAAGAUCCUUUUUACAAAAUCAGUGGACAUCUCAGAGAAGUUGGUGUGCAUGGUGGAAACAGCGCUAGGGAAAGCACAAGUGCACCCAUCCUCUGUGAACCGGGACCUGCAGACCUAUGGCUGGCUGCUCUACCAGGAGAAGGUUAAAUAUUCCAAGGUCUACCUUAGAGAAACAACUCUGAUCUCCCCUUUUCCAGUACUCUUGUUUGGUGGUGAUAUAGCUGUACAACAUCGUGAGCGUCUGCUGACUGUAGAUGACUGGAUACAGUUUCAGGCUCCUGUGAAAAUUGCUGUCAUCUUUAAGGAAUUGCGUGUUUUAAUUGAAUCUGUCCUAAAGAAAAAGCUACAAAACCCCAAAAUGUCUCUUGAAGAUGAUGAGAUUUUGAGGAUCAUCAAGGAACUAAUUAGAACAGAAAAGUGAAGCUCAGUGGAUUCCAAUCCCAAGGAUUGCUGUACUAAGCUUGGCAGAGACAUGGUCAUUUAAAUCCUGUGGAAUUUCAGCUCUGCUGUGUAUGACCAGUUUUCUUCCUCUUGUCAAUGUUGCAUGCAGCGUUGCAGAGAAUGUUUUACUCGAUUUUGUGCAUUUGCUAGUGUUAACCAUUUUAAGAGUUUGAAAUAAAACGUACAGUGCCAUA